AUGGCCACCAACCAAGUCCAGCUAAUUACAAUGGUCUUGAUAAGUUUUUUCAUACUUGAUUUAGCUCUAUAUGCUGAUGCGACUUGUUACGCUCAGUCUUGUAGCAGUUAUACAUCCGGAUGUUCAACAAAUACAAAUUGUGUUUGCUUCCAAUUAGCUAAUGGAACGGGAAUGUGCGCAGCACAAACAUCAACAAGCAGUUUUCGUGGAUGUAAUUCUAAUUUAACAUGUGCAGACAAUAGCACUGUCUGUGUAAUAAACAGCUGUUUUGGUCAACCGCUAUGCUACCCGCUGUUGUAUGCAGACUACAGUGUAUGUCCGCCUUCUGCUUCUACGUUGUCUAUGAGUAGUACUCGGUCAACAACGUCAUAUAGUCAAUCAGGUGGCGGUGGUCAGGGUAACGGUGGUCUCAACUUGGGCGAGGGACUAGGAGCAGUCGGUGGAGCAAGUAUUGGCGUAGAACUUGGAGUGGGCGCUACAGUUGGAAUAGUAGCAGCAGUUGUUGUGGUUGUGGUGGUGGUCGUCAUCAUCGUAGUUUUACUCCUAAUGAUCUUUAAACCUUGCUAA